AUGGCGUCCAACCUCCCCAAGGAAUACAAAGUCGGCGUCUUCGAGGCCAAGGGUGAGCCGAUCAAGUUCAAGCAGGUCAAAUUGGAGCUGCCGAAGCCGGGUGAGGUCCUGGUCAAGGUUCUUGCCUGCGGUGUGUGUCACUCUGACCACGCCGUUCGCUUCGGAGUCUUUGGCAAUAGCUUCCCCAUCGUUCCCGGCCACGAAAUCAUCGGUGAGGUCGCUGCCGUGCCAGAUACCGAGAAGCGUUGGAAGGUGGGAGAACGCGUGGGAGGACCGUGGCACGGUGGCCAUGACAACACCUGCGUUUCGUGUCAGCGUGGCCUUUUCCAGAUGUGUGAGCACGAGGCCAUCAACGGAGUCACCAGGGAUGGAGGAUAUGCAGAGUAUGUCACUCUGAGGACAGAGGCUGUCGUCCGCGUCCCCGCCGACGUCGAUCCAGCCGAGUACUGUCCGGUGCUCUGUGCAGGAGUGACGGUGUUCAACUCUCUGCGGCAACAAAAAGUCCUUGCGGGUUCGCUCGUGGCGGUCCAGGGACUCGGGGGUCUCGGGCAUCUUGCGUUGCAGUAUGCGAGCAAGAUGGGGUAUAGGACGGUCGCCAUUUCCUCGAGCUCUGACAAGAAGGAGUUUGCCACGCAGUUGGGGGCCCACGACUACAUUGACGCCUCCAAGGGCGACAUUGGUGAACAACUCCAGAAGUUGGGCGGUGCCUCGUGCAUCCUGUUCACUGCGCCCAACGAGAAGCUCAUCCCGUCGUUGCUCGGUGGCCUGGGACCGCUGGGCAAGCUCGUGAUCCUGGCAGCAUCGGCCCCGGCCGAGGUGAACACGGCAGCCAUGAUUGCCAAGGGUCUCAGCAUCCAGGCCUGGCCCAGCGGUCACGCUCUCGACAGCGAAGAAGCCAUCUCGUUUGCCCAGGUGCACGGCGUGCACGUCAUGAUUGAGAAGUUCCCGCUGGACAAGGCCAACGAAGCCAUGGAGAAGAUGACCAGCGGCAAGGUGCGGUUCCGAGGCGUGCUCAUCCCAUAG